ACACACACACACACAUACGCCCGACGCAGCAGCGCCUGCGGCAGCGCGCGCACCACACAAACACGCCACACCAACACCCCUGCGCCGUUGGACUCGCUGCUACUCGACGAUUCCCACGCCGCCGUCAAGCUUUCUUUCUCCCUCAGUCCAGGCCCGGGGCGGAGGAGGAGAGGGAGACGGGGAGAGCUCCGCCCCAGCUCGUCCUCAUCUUCUUCCGCCCUCUUCAAAGCCAGCGUCUUCUGAGCCGUUCUUGAUCCAGCCACCCAGUCCUACCCUGCCGCUCCUCGGCCCGAUCCCCCCCGCCCAUUCCGGCCGCCGGCCGAUGCGAGCCGCCCCGUGGCUCCACCUCUCGGCCAGGGCCGCGCUCUAGCGCCGCGCGUGUUUGGGGAGGGGCGCAAUGGGCGCGGACAGGCUGCUGCUGCUGUGCCUGGCCCUGGCGCUCUUCGCCGCGGCGGCGGCGCAGCGGACGAAUCCGCCGCCGAGGGUGGUAUCCGUGGGCGCGCUCUUCACGUACGAUUCGACCAUUGGCCGCGCGGCGCGGCUCGCCAUCGAGCUCGCCGUCGACGACGUCAACGCGGACCGCGCCGUACUCGCCGGAACCACCCUGAAUUUGAUCAGCCAGGACACCAACUGCAGCGGGUUUCUUGGAACUAUCGAAGCACUGCAACUAAUGGAGAAAAAUGUGGUUGCUGUCAUUGGCCCUCAAUCAUCUGGAAUAGGCCAUGUCAUCUCACAUGUUGUUAAUGAGCUACAUGUUCCACUUCUAUCAUUUGCAGCAACUGACCCAACCCUAUCUGCAUCUGAGUAUCCUUACUUUUUAAGGAGUACCAUAAGUGACUACUUCGAAAUGCAUGCUGUUGCUAGCAUUAUUGAUUACUACCAAUGGAAAGAGGUGACUGCUAUAUUUGUCGAUGAUGAUUAUGGCCGAGGCGGGGUGUCAGUCCUCGGUGAUGCACUUGGAGCAAAGCGGGCAAGAAUUUCACAUAAAGCAGCAAUUCCUCCAAAUUCAGACACAGAUUUGAUCAAUGAUGUACUGUUUAGAGCAAACAUGAUGGAAUCAAGGGUGUUUGUUGUGCAUGUCAAUCCUGAUGCAGGGAUGAGAAUAUUUGCUUUAGCUAACAAACUCCAGAUGAUGGGCGCUGGCUAUGUCUGGAUAGUAACAGAUUGGCUUGCUGCUGUCCUGGACUCCUCAGGGGCUGGAGAUCUUAAAGACAUGAGUUAUAUACAGGGAUUAAUUGUUCUUCGCCAGCACACUCCUGAUUCUGAUGCCAAGAAGAAGUUCAUAGCUAAAUGGAAUAAUGCAGCUAAUAAUAGGAGUAUUGCUUCUGGCUUGAACUCGUACGGUUUUUAUGCUUAUGAUUCAGUUUGGGUUGUUGCCCGUGCUAUCAAUGAAUAUCUCAAUAGUGGGCAGCAAAUUACUUUCUCUGCAGAUCCAAGGUUGCACAAAUCAAAUAGAAGCACUUUGCGUCUAUCAAACCUUAAGAUAUUUGAUGGUGGCGAUCAAUUGCUACAGCAACUUUUGCUCACAAACAUGACAGGCCUAACAGGUCUGGUUCAGUUUAAUGCAGACCGCAAUUUGGUGCGACCAGCUUAUGAUAUCCUUAACAUUGGUGGUACUGGGUCCCGUUUGAUUGGCUAUUGGAGUAAUUACUCUGGCCUUUCUGUUGCUGCUCCUGAAAUUUUAUAUCGGAAGCCACCGAAUACGUCAACAAGUGCCCAACAGUUGCAUAGUGUGGUGUGGCCAGGCGACACAACUACUAAGCCGAGAGGGUGGGUUUUCCCAAACAAUGGCCAGCCUCUAAGAGUUGGUGUUCCAAAUAAACCAAGUUUUAGGGAGUUGGUUUCAGUUGGCAAGGGCCCUGAUAAUGUGACGGGUUACAGUGUUGAUAUAUUCAACGCAGCAAUUAAACUUCUUCCAUACCCAGUUCCUUGCCAAUUCAUAACAAUUGGGGAUGGUUCAAAGAAUCCUAACUAUGACGACAUUAUUAGUAGGAUUGCCACCAAUGCCCUUGAUGCAGCUGUAGGUGACUUUGCUAUUGUGAGAAAUAGAACGAAGAUUGCAGAAUUUACACAGCCUUAUAUCGAAGCAGGGCUUGUGAUAGUAGCGCCAGUGAGAAAAGCAAAUUCAAAUGCCUGGGCUUUCUUUAAACCUUUCACAUUAGAGAUGUGGUGUGUAACAGGCACUCUUUUCAUUUUUGUGGGAGUGGUUGUUUGGAUUCUUGAACAUCGAACUAAUGAGGAGUUUCGAGGCUCUCCACGACGACAAGUCCUGACAAUAUUUUGGUUCAGUUUCUCAACGAUGUUCUUUGCACACAGGCAGAACACCGUGAGUGCUCUUGGGCGUUUUGUGCUGAUCAUAUGGUUGUUUGUCGUGCUGAUCAUCAAUUCAAGUUACACUGCUAGCUUGACAUCGAUCCUCACAGUACAGCAGCUAGCAACCGGAAUAACUGGACUCGACAAUUUGGUUGCUAGUGCUUUACCUAUCGGAUACCCGGCUGGAAAAUUUGUCAGAAAUUACCUGAUUGAUGAGCUGAAUAUUCCCGAAUCCCGGUUAGUACCACUGAGCACGGUUGAGGAGUACGCCAAUGCCCUUAAUCGUGGGCCUAAAGACGGAGGUGUUGCCGCAGUUGUUGACGAGAUGCCAUGUGUUGAGAUCUUCCUGUCAACUCACUGCAACUUCAGAAUAGUCGGUCAGGAGUUCACGAAGGAGGGAUGGGGAUUUGCAUUCCAGAGAGAUUCUCCCCUUGCUGCAGACCUAUCAACCGCCAUCCUUCAACUUUCAGAGACUGGCCAGCUCCAGAGAAUUCAUGACGAGUGGCUCACUGAUCCGACCUGCGGCGAUGAUGACAGUGGGUUGGGAGCAGUCAGGCUUGGCCUUGGAAGCUUCUGGGGCCUUUUCCUGCUGUGUGCUCUGAUAUGCGUCUUCGCUCUCACGGUUUACUUCGCACGAGUCUGCUGGCAGUAUAGCAGGUACUCUAGCUCCGAACCUCCCGGCGAGCCAAGCGACUCUGCUGCUGCCGUCACCGCUGCUACCAUUGCUCAAAUACGGCCAGAGAAGCCAAAGCCGACGCGCCUUGGCAGCUUCAAGGAACUGAUACAGUUUGCCGACACGAAGGAGGAGGAGAUCAAGAAGGUGAUGAAACGGAGAUUGAGCGAAAAAGAUACUCGGGGCACCGGAUCUGCGCACUCGGUCUCUUCGGCAUAGAAGAGGAUCUUUCAGGUGACACAGCCCCAGGUUCUUCUUACACAGCCAAGAUACGUAGCAUAUACUGAAGUAGAUAACAGCGGUAUACUUGACACUUGUAGGAUUCAGAAAUCCAUUUUUUGCGGUCAUUUGAAUUCUGUCUCGGAUAUGCAGUAUAUAUGCAGCAACAUUGCCCCAACUACUAAUAUUCCGAGAAUCAUUUUCUUGACCGAUA